CAGGAGAAAGGGAUACAAGAGCAGAAUAACAUGCUCACAAAGGAGAUAAAGGAGAAGGAGAAGGCUGUAGCACAGGAGGCUGCUGCUCAAUGGGAUCAACCAAACUAUAGGGUUGAUACAUCUUUCUUACUACAAGACCCACUUCCUGUUUUGAAUAUGGGUGGCAAUUACCGUGAGGGAGCACAAGAACUGGGGAGGAACGAGCUUGACCUGACACUUGAACCACAAUAUUAUUAUAAUUCUUAAUUGCCACCUUGGA